AAUUAAUUGUAGCUGCUGUCUCUUAUCGACGUGUUUUUAAAGAACAUGAAGUAGUUUUUUUACUGCAGGAGUUGCCAGCGGAUGAGAUUGAGGUCCAACUGUGCUGCUGCUGUUGCUAUUUUGCCUAUGUGUGAUGUUGGAUAUGGGAGAAAGAAAAGAAGUGAAAAUGAUUCCAAAAUCAUCGUUCAGUAUAAACAGCUUGGUGCCUGAAGCCGUCCAGAGUGACAACCACCACAGAUCAGCCCCCGAAGAACAGGAGAAACAUCUUUUGCCCAACCCGGUGCAGGACUCAAAGCCCGAGAACAUUGACAAUACGAAUGAAAAUAGUUCGUCCGAGUUACCUUGCUCAGAAGAAAAGGAAAAGCAGGAAGACAAGAAAGUGGAGUGCAAGGAGGGGGACAGUGGUAAAGACGGGGAAAAGAAAAAUGGCAAAUAUGAAAAACCACCUUUCAGCUACAACGCUUUGAUCAUGAUGGCUAUUAGGCAAAGUCCGGAAAAACGAUUGACACUUAAUGGCAUUUACGAAUUUAUAAUGAAAAAUUUCCCUUAUUAUAGAGAAAACAAACAGGGUUGGCAAAACUCCAUCAGACACAACCUGAGCCUGAACAAAUGUUUUGUAAAAGUUCCACGGCACUACGAUGACCCUGGUAAAGGGAACUACUGGAUGCUGGACCCUUCUAGCGACGAUGUAUUCAUAGGUGGCACAACUGGAAAACUUCGUAGGAGAUCGACAACCUCCAGAGCCAAAUUGGCUUUUAAACGGGGAGCUCGCCUUACUUCUACGGGUCUGACAUUUAUGGAUAGGGCCGGUUCCUUGUACUGGCCAAUGUCUCCUUUCCUUUCGCUCCAUCAUCCCCGGGCCAGCAGUGCUCUGAGUUACAAUGGGACCACCGCUGCUUACCCUAGCCACCCAAUGUCUUACAGCUCGUUAUUGACUCAAAACACUUUGGGAAACAACCACUCAUUUUCUGCCACAAACGGGUUAAGUGUAGACAGACUUGUAAAUGGAGACAUUCCUUAUGCCACUCAUCACCUCACAGCAGCAGCCUUGGCUGCCUCCGUGCCAUGUGGUUUAUCAGUGCCCUGCUCAGGCACGUACUCCUUAAACCCUUGUUCAGUAAAUCUUUUAUCAGGGCAGGCAAGUUACUUUUUCCCUCAUGUCCCACACCCUUCAAUGACUUCUCAAAGCAGCACUUCAAUGACGGCCAGGGCAGCGUCCUCCACGUCUCCACAGGCUCCUUCAUCUCUCGCCUGUGAGUCUUUAAGACCCUCUUUGCCAAGUUUUACUGCAGGACUUUCUGGAGGACUUUCUGAUUACUUCCCACAUCACAGUCAGGGGUCUACAUCAAACCCUCUUAUACACUAACAAACAUCCACUGGAUCAGACUGUAAGUGAACAUUUUACACACAUUUGCAUUGUAAAAAUAUAUAAAGGAGAAAAAAAAGAAGUCCAGGUAUUUUUUAUUCAAGUUCCCCAUUUUCUGUACACACCUGUCAAGUCUCUAUAGGAUUGUUUAAUGCGCAAUGUGGGGAGAAACUAGAUUAUUGGGAUGGCAGUAAAACUAUUGUAGAAUGUGUAUUUAUAGUGACUGCAGUUUUACUUAAUUUUAAUAUAACAAGUUUAUUACCAUCACUUAAAUCACCAGCUUCCGAUGUUUGCAGUAUUAUAAGUUGUCACGGGUUUGCUGGUGGUUUCUGAUUUUUGAGAAAUGACGUACUAAUUUUGUUUGAAUUA